CAGGCAGUGGUUAUAAUGGAUAAAUAUCUUAGAGCUUCAAAUGGGCAAGGUUGUAGUGCGGCAACCAUUGAAGAAAAAGAGCAAGAGGAAGAGCCGCAAGCCAAAAAGGCGCGAUAUGGUCAGUCCAAUGUGUGGAAUUUUUUUAAUAAGUCCUCGGAUGGCAAGACUGCCAAAUGUUUAAAAUGUGGUAAAAUUUAUCAAACCAGCGGAAACACCACCAACAUGGCGGGACAUUUAAAGCGGGUACACCCAACGUUAACGGUGAGUGAGUUGCCAAAGGCUUCAGGACAUAUGGCGGCUUAUUUGGAUAAAAAAUAUGAAGCCUCAUCGAAACGGAAGAGAGAUUUGGACAGCGCAUUGUUAAAUUUCAUUUGCUCCGAUUUACGUCCAUUUUACAUUGUAGAAAACGAGGGAUUUAAGCAAUUUAUAAAUGCUUUGAAUCCCCGAUACGAAUUGCCUUCACGAUCAACAAUGCUUUCAACAUGUUAUAAUAAUUUAUUCAUGAACAUGAGAAUGAAACUGAAAAGCAUUUUGCAAGAAGUGGAAUAUUGCGCUGUGACAACCGACUGUUGGACAUCUCGAGCCAACGAGGCUUAUUUGACCUGCUAA